AUGUCUAAUGCCCCGACGAUCAAACUAGUCACCAAUGAAGACUGGACAAUCUGGUUCAAGGCCCUGAAGACAAAAGCUAAGAACCAAGAUCUUUGGGAAUAUCUUGACCCCACAAAGCCGCAUAAACCCCUACUGAUCUCCACCGCACCAACUCCGCCGAAUAUAAAGGACUUCCGAAAAAGAAGCUCAGCUAUCACGAGAUCAACUGUAUCGAACACGAAUACCCCUUCGUCAGCGACCCAAGACACGAUCGUCGCCGACCCAACGGAGAUGGACGAGGACUAUCGAGCGAGGGAAGACGACGAUGCUGCUAUCUUGGCUCAAGAUGUCGCCGACCUCUCAGAGAAAGGCCUUCGUGUAUACAAUGCACUAUGGACCAACUACGAGCAUCUCUCCAAGAGGCACGAAGCCCUCAAGAAAAAAGUCUCGGUGCUCCAAGACUGGGUCAUAGAGACAGUUGAUCAACCACUUGCGAGACACAACUUCAACGAAGAGGAGUCGCUUGCAGACUGGAUCAAGUCUAUCCACGAGGAGUUCUCCCUAGUUGGUGAAGAAAGAAGGGAUAAGGCAAGACGAGAAUACCGGGAGCAUCUAGGGAAACCUCACCAGUCUCGGCUGGCCACACUUAAGUCAACUAGAGAAUGGAUCACAAUUUGGAGGGAUGCAAUCAACGAAGCAAGAGAUGUUGACCUACAGGAAGCCAAGGAAGCAGACUUAUGGUUCAAGGACCUAGUCGCUGCUCUCCGAGCCUCCCCACUAGAGUCAUGGAUAAACGCCUAUGCUGUUUCCCAACGCAGCAGCGCUCAGGUGAACACACUUAAGGUCGGAGAAGCUCUAGCGGCCAUUCGCCUAGCCAUCUCCGAGCACCCAGAACCGGCGAAACGACCUCGUGUUACCCAUGGAGCCUUCUUCACAGCUGAAGGGACGGAGGAAGAGGCCGAUAGUGACAAGGACACACCAAGAAAGGAGAAUAAAAGAAAGCAACCUCCAAAGAAGAAACAACGCCGAGAGGGCGGCGAUAGACCGGCCGAGUGCCCAGCUUGCCAACGAAGUCAUCCCUUGGACAAGUGUUUCCAUGUCUUCCCACAUCUACGACCAGCUAACUUUAAGAUAUCUCAGCGCACCACUGACUUAGUGCGGCAGAGAAUUGACGACAAUGCUGAUGGCGUGGCUGAGAAGAUUAAGAAGAUUAAGAUGGAGAAGUCAGCCUGA